AUGCAAGAUGUAAACAACAUAUGUAUCUUCUGUAAUGAUAAAAUUGAAUCUGUUCAUCACUUGCUGUUUGAUUGUUGGUAUGCUAAAUCUGUUUGGAUGCAGCCACCUUUUGCUGGUGGCACUACUUCAAAUAUCGUAAGAAACUCUUUCAUUAAUCAUUUCAAUUGCUGGCAAUCUCAGGGAGAUAAGGUAAUAGAGAUUAAUGCAACAAAAUGUUGGUUUAUAUGGAAAGAAAUGUGUAAUAGGAUUUUUGAGGAAAAAAAUGUUUAUUCUUUACAAACUUCUAUCAUAAUUCAUAGACAUUUAAAUUUCUGGAACUGUGAUACAAGAAACAUCAUAACAACUAAUGGUUGUAAUGUAACAAAGAAGAUGAAGAUUGUCCCUUGGAAAUGCCCUGAACAUAACUGCUUCAAGUUAAAUUAUGAUGCUUCUUGGAUCUCUGAAUCUGUUUAUGCUGUCUUUGGUCUAAUUAUUAGAGAUCAUGCAGGAAAUGGAAGAGCAGCUAAAUCAGGAGUAUUCUAUGCUGCAAGUGCAGAAAAAGCAGAAGCUUUAGCUCUGCUGUAUGGAGCAAGGUGGGCCAAAGAUGCAGAUUUGGCACAUUUCUGGAUAGAAGGGGAUGUGAAAGGAUCGUGA